AUGGACGUCGAGGCCUCUCAGUCCGCGCCCGCCUACUCAGCCUUCAGUCAGAAUGCCAAACACUUCAUCGUCUUCAUGGUCACCAUGGCGUCCUUCUUUUCCCCGCUCUCGGGCCAGAUCUACUACCCUGUCAUGCCGACCCUAGUCCACAACUACCAUCUGACCACUGGCCUGAUCAACCUCACCAUCACCACCUACAUGAUCCUCCAGGGCCUCGCCCCAAGUUUCAUGGGCACGUUCGCCGACUCCGGCGGCCGUCGACCGGCGUACAUCCUCGCGUUCACCAUCUACACCGCAGCCAACAUCGGGCUCGCCCUGCAGAACAGCUACGCGGCCCUCAUGGUCCUGCGAUGCGUCCAGAGCGCAGGGAGCAGCGGAACCAUCGCCUUCGGCUACGGCGUCGUCGCGGACAUCGCCACCCCCGCUGAGCGCGGCUCGUACGUCGGUCCCAUGGCCGCAGGUGUGAUGGUUGCGCCGGCGCUGGGCCCCAUCAUCGGCGGACUCCUGGCCGAGUUCCUGGGCUGGCGCAGCGUGUUCUGGUUCCUCACGAUCAUCAGCGGCGGCUAUCUCGCUCUGUACACCCUCACGAUGCCUGAGACGGCCCGCGCAGUCGUCGGAGACGGUCAGUUCCCGCCCAAGGACUGGUGGAGGAUGUCCGUCGUGCAGUACGUUCAACACCGUGCGAAUCGUCCUCUCAGCGCAGACGAGCCAUCGUCACCCCCUAACGAAGCCGCCUCCCCCCGGCCACCGCGACUCGCCUUCCCCAACCCGCUGAAGGCGUUCUCCGUCCUCCUCGAACCGGACGCCUUCAUCAUCAUCGCCUUCGUCGGCCUCAUCAUGUUCGGCAACAUCGCCCUGAUGACGAGUACACCCAACCUCUUCACCCGGCUCUACGGACUCAACACCCUCCAGAUCGGUCUGUGUUUCCUACCCCUAGGCGUGGGCGCCUGCAUCGGCGCCGGCCUCAACGGCAAACUCCUCGACUGGAGCUACCGCCGCGCCGCCCGCGCCCACGGCUUCCCCAUCGACCGCAAGAAGGGCGACGACCUGCGCCGGUUCCCGAUCGAGCACGCGCGUCUGCAGUCUUUCUUCCCCAUCAUCGCCGUCGGUCUGGCCGCCUUCCUCCCAUACGGCUGGACGCUGCACCAGCGCACCCAUCUGGCCGUGCCGCUCGUGCUGCAGUUCUUCAUUGGGCUCUCGUUCAUCGCCGCAAAUAACUCCCUGUCCACCCUGCUCGUGGACUUGUUUCCGGAUCGGCCUGCUACCGCGUCCGCCGCGAGUAAUCUGGUCCGGUGUUGGUUGGGCGCUGUGGGCGCUGCGGUCAUUGAUUACAUGUUGAAUGCUAUGGGGGCUGGAUGGUGCUUUACGUUCUGGGGGUUGGUGCUUUGUCUGGGUGUGGGUGUGGUGGUUCUGGAGUAUAGAUAUGGGCUGCGGUGGCGGGAACGCCGGUUCCUUAGAUUGGAGGAAAAGAGACGGAAGAAGCAGUCGCACCAGCUACAGGAAGUACAGCCCCAGAGGUCGCCGUCCCAGCGUGGUCAAGAGGAUGUUGAGAUGUCGGGGGCGAAUAGACGUGAUGAUAAACCCGAGAGUGGCUUUUCCGGGGACGAACGGAAGGCAUAA